AUGCCUCCUCGCAAGUCCGACGUCAGGGCAUCCACCCCCAUUGCCGCCGAAGAGACCUCUCCUCCAGCAAAACCCCAACAGGAGAAAAAGGACAAGGAAAAGGAAAAGGAUGCCCAAAAGGCAAAAGGAGAGGAUGCCAUAACAAUUGAGGACUUGAACCUCCCCAAAUCAAUAAUCACAAGACUGGCAAAGGGUACCCUGCCGCCCAACACGCAGAUUCAAGGGAAUGCAAUUCUGGCGCUGAGCAAGAGCGCCACUGUCUUUAUCAGCUAUCUAGCUUCGCACGCCAAUGAGAACACCGUUGCCGCAGGCAAAAAAACCAUUUCCCCAGCCGACGUUUUCAAGGCAUUAGACGACACCGAGUUUGCUUUUCUGAAAGAGUCUCUUGAGGCUGAAUUUGCUAAAUUCACCGCCCUACAAGCCGAAAAGCGCACAACCUACCGCCAAAAAGUCCGCGCCCCCAAGUCCGGCUCCGGCGAAGGCGGCGGCGACGACACCGAAAUGGCCGACACGACCGCAGCCUCAGAAGAAGCAUCUACUUCAUCCGGCCCCCGCGCCAAAAAGGCUCGCGUUGACCCUUCUGCCGCAGAAGACGAAGAGAUUGAUGCGAUUGUCGAUGAUGAUGAAGUAGAAGAGGAUGACGACGACGGGGACGAAGAAGAAGCCCACGAUGAUGAUGAUGGUGACGAGGAUGACGAGGCUGGUGAUGAAGACGAAGAUGAGGAGCGUGAGGUCAGUGGUGAUGAGACGCAGGAUGCGCUGGAAGAGAGGAGGAGUAGAGAUGAUGCGGAGGAUGAGGCCUUGGAGGGAGAUGACAGUGAUUAA